UCGCUGGACAAGACACAGCUGCAAGCAGUCUCACGGAUGUCGGCCUAAGGCAUUUGUCCGACGACGCCGAAUCUCCGUCCACCGCUGCAACCGUGCGAAGCCCACUUCUCUGAGGCGUGCAUGCCGGAAAUUUGACUCCAGUUGACAGCGGAAAGAUGGUCUUCUGGCGUCGGAUCAGCCAGUCGCAGCUGACACGAGUUUCGCAGCGCAUCGAGCAAUGCUGCCUUCAAGCUUCUCGCAGCUCCUUACGCCAUUACACUGCUCCAGUUACUUUGAUCGAUGUAAAGGAAAGCCCUUUAACGGUGAUUCGUAGGAGAGACAACCCCGGAUUUUGCAGCAAUGUGAGGUUUUUCGCUGCGCCAGUUCAGGCCAAGCCGAAGGAGGAAGAGAGGGAGCCGAGCUGCCGUCGUUUGAAUGAGCAAAUUAAAGCUAGGGAAGUUCGGGUCGUGACCGAUGAAGGGCAUUACGUUGUCCCGCUUUAUCAAGCAUUGCAGGAAGCAAGAGCACGCAAGCUUGAUUUGGUCGAGGUUCAAAGAAGUGCUAAUCCUCCUGUUGUUAAGAUAAUGGAUUACCAUAUGGAGAGGUACAAACAACAACUGCAAGAAAAGGAGCGUGCUAAAGCCAAGGGAAAGACGACUGUCAAAUCAGGGACUUGCAAAGAAAUUCGGUUUACUGUAAAGGCUGAAGCAAAAGACCUGGCUGUUAAGGCAGAUGGGAUUAAAAGACUGAUGGACCGUGGCUACCGUGUGAAGUGCAUGGCGACUGGUACCGAAGAUCAGGACUUGGGAAGCUUGCUAGCUCGAGUUUUUACUUUGAUUGAAGACGUGUCUCAUGUUGAAAGUGGACCUAGGGUGGAGAAAAGGCAGGCUUACGUUGUUGUAAGGCACAUAAAAUUUGGUACUAAGAAAGGACGUGGGAAGAAGAAGGUUGACGUAAAUGCUGAGAUAGAGCGGCAGCAAGUGGCGCUGGCAUCAGGUGAUAGCAGUUCUAUCCCGGAAGAAGAGGACUUCCAUGUAUCGGGAUCUGAGGAAACCGAGGAAGAGAAUUUCCACGGUGAAGAAAAGCCUGGAAAAGUUGGGAUUGCCUGGUCUAUGGAUAAAGGCAAUGACGAUUCCAGCAAAAUGUUCAAUCCGGGAUCAAACAGUAAUCGUGGCGUUUCCUCAAACUUUCAGAGGCCUGCUCAAGCACAAGCGCACACAGCUCCAGCACAGAAAGUAACAGAGAAUCGAUACGCCAGGAAGACAGAACAAGGUAGGAGGUUUCCACCGCAUAACUCUGUUGACAACAGUAACUGGGGUAGGGGUUCGAGAGACACUUUCAGGUCUGACCAGCGUGAUAGGACACGGAUGCCCUCGGAUAUUCCGAGGCAAGAACGUUCUUAUCCUAAUUUCUCGAGGAAUUCAGGGGCUCCUCCUGGUGAGGUCCAGAAGCCACGAGUACAGAGGCCUGAAGGUCCCAGCCCCCAGGACGCUGGCCAGAGUUUUGGAAUCUUCAGCAAUCCGAGAAGUAAUGCUUCGAACAAUCAGCAGUAGCUCCAGCAGUCUGUGGGAACACGACAAGCUUUUGUGAGCUUUAAGCCAUGGCGUUAAACUACACAAACAUAAGAAAUUCUCGUGACCGUGUUAUAGGCGAGACUAUUCAGGCCGAGUCAUUAUUUCGUGUUCGAUGAAUGUAUCUGAGCAAAGCAUGUUGUAGAAGAGAGAGGGUGCUGCAUUUUUUUACCGGCGAGAGUCAAUGACAUUCUUUAUUGUGUUGUUCUUGUCUGCAGCAGCAGAUAAUUCACUGAUGCUGUAAUGACAUCCUUCUCGAUCUGAUGAUAAUAAGCCGAGUGUGAUCCGUUAACGAGGAUAGUUAUUAUGGAUUUUGCCGCAUUUAUACAACCAAU